AUGUCAAUAUCAUACAUCAAGUCAUUGCUGUUUGGGAACAGCAACGCAGGAGCGAUUACAGCGGAAUUAUCACCUCCGCCUUUGGGUACGAGAUUGGUUCCAGAGCCCGAUACCUCUGACACCUUCACGCUGCCAGAUGGACGAAAGCUCGGGUAUUCGCAGUUUGGACUCGCGACGGGUAAACCGAUCCUCUACUGUCAUGGCCUCCCAGGCUCGCGUGUCGAAGCUGGCCACCUUCACGAAGCAGCCUUGGAUGUAGGAGCUCGAAUCAUUGCAACAGAUCGUCCGGGAAUGGGACUAAGCACUUCUCAACCCGGACGGACACUACUCGACCACGCCAAAGACUUGGAACACCUUGCGACGCAUUUGAAGCUGAAGGAAUACGGUGUUCUGGGCGUGUCUGGAGGCGGUCCCUACGCCUUAGCCUGUGCGACCUCAAUUCCUCGCGAGAAGCUCAAAUGCGUAUCCAUCGUCUGCGGUAUCGGGCCGCCCGACAUCGGUAUGAGCGGAGCCGGAUGGUUCCACUGGGUCGGGUUCAACUACGGGUGGCGCUACGUCCCUCGAAUCGCCGGAUGGUUCUUCCAUCAGCAAGGGCGCUUUCAUCUCUCGGACGAAGAACGACUCGAACGACAACUCCAGGAUGCGGAAAAGAAGAAAGCAACUUUUGCGAAGCAAGAAACCGGGAUCUGGACGGACAGAGAGAUUGUGGGGCGAAUGAUCAUGGCAAGUCGACAGUACUACGCUCAGGGGAUUGAUGGCGUAACCAAUGAUGGUCACCUGAUUGGCACGGAGUUUGGAUUCCGUAUCGAGGACAUUCGGUCUGAUUUGCCUAUACGGCUCUGGUAUGGUAAACAUGACACGUUUGUCCCCAUGAAUCACGGAAUACAAAUUGCAAAGCGGCUGGGAAGUAGUGCGAACCUCAGAAUCGAAGACGACACACAUGCCAGUAUCUUCUUCAAUCGGAGAAAGGAAGUGUUGGCGGAUUUGGUCGGAAAUAUUUGA